AUGGGUAAAAAUAAAAAGAAAAGCAAGAAGCAGGGCGAUUCAGAGGACAAUACCAAACAGCCUCAAAAUGAGAUCCUAGAAUCCGACAAAGAGGUAGACAAGAUCGAAGAGGAUCCAGCAGAAAAUACACCAGCCAUGUCAAGCUCAAAUGGGAUAUCAGAAGAAGAGCCUCAAGUAGAUUCAGUUGACGACAAGUCUCUUUUAGAAAAGUUGCAACAAGCGGAGAGGGAAAGGGACGAAAUAAAACAUUCCUAUGAGAAUUUGGUCAGUAGGUUGUCAUCAUUCAAAACUGUUUUUGCUAAUAUGAAAAAGGCAGAAGUAGAACUAGAAGAAAAAUCGGACCUAUUGGAGAAGUUGAAUGAAGAGAAUGACAAGUUGAAGGAAGAAAAUAAAAGUUUAAAGAGUUCUCUCAAAGAUGAAACAUCCAAUAAGAUAGAUCCCAGCCUGUAUAUGGAACUACAAGAACAAAACACCAAUCUCAAUAACGAAUGUGAAAAAUUGAGUGAUACAUUGACCAGAACUAGGCGCGAGUACACCUCAACAAUUGAGGAAUUGCAAGAUGAGAAAUACAACUUAGAAAACGAAAACUCAAAGUUGUCAAAGCUAGUGCACGAGUUGAAGCAAGAGCUCAACGAUCUCACAAUAGCACAAAGUGAGUUUGACCAAGAAAAGAAGGAUUUGGCUGAUUCUCUCAAUGUUUUCAGAGAACGACUCGAGACAAAACAUGUGGAGGUCAAUACCGCCAAUACAAAGAUAGAAGAACUAACCGCUCACUUGUCCAUAAAUAGCGCUUCAUAUGAGAAGGAAAAGAUGUCCUUAUUGGAAAAAAUUAAAGCAUUGAAUGAGAAAGCAGAAGAGAAAGACAACACGAUUGAAACACUACGGGCAGAAGUGGAAGGCUUGAAACAGAAAUUCAUAGAGUCUGAGCUAAAAGCUACAGAAGUUUCCGAUUUGAAAAAAGAAAUAAACAACAAGCAACUCCUUAUAGGAAAGCUACGCCACGAAGCCGUGAUAUUGAACGAGCACUUGACCAAGGCAUUGACCAUGAUGCAACAAAGAGGAGAAGGUUCGAAUAAAAUGGUGGAUGCGGAGUUGCUAUCUAAUGUUAUAAUAAGCUUUUUGCAAUUUCCUCGAGGGGAUUCCAAGAAGUUUGAGGCAUUGCAAUUAAUCAGUGCAUUGUUGGAAUGGGAUCAACUGCAAAAGAUUGCCGCCGGUUUACAACAUGUAUCAAACCCUAAAGGAGGUAAAGCUAAAGUAGAUGCUAACGGAAACGAGGUCCCCACAAGACAAAGUUUCGUGUCAUUAUGGACUGAAUUUCUUGAGAAAGAGUCCAACGGGAAGUAA